UUUAUAUACUCGUAUAUUUUUGUUUUGUGAGAAUUCAUCUUUUUCAAGAAGAUCAUCCUCACCAUCAUCAACUAACAAGUCAACAUGAGAAGGAAAUCGGAAAACAUAAUAGCAUUUUUGUUCUUAUCAACCCUUUUGUGUACGGUAUUAUCGACAUCAAACGAUGGGCUUAUUAGGAUCGGGUUGAAAAAAGUGAAAUUUGAUGAAACAAAUCUUAUUGCUUCUGACCUUGAUUCGACAUAUAGCAAUUCUUUAUUGGCUUCUAUUAAAGCGUACAGAGAGAAUGUGCUUAAACUUGGCAAUUCCCAAGAGCCUGAUAUCGUCUCGUUAAAGAACUAUAUGGAUGCCCAGUACUUUGGUGAAAUUGGCAUUGGCACCCCACCUCAGAAGUUCACUGUGAUCUUUGAUACUGGUAGUGCCAACUUGUGGGUACCAUCUUCAAAGUGCCUAUUGUCGGCAGCUUGCUUUUUCCACUCGAGAUAUAGGUCAAGCCUUUCGCGGACCUACAGGACCAAUGGGAAACCCGUAGCUAUCCAGUACGGAAGUGGAGCGAUAUCUGGGUACUUCAGUGAAGACAAUGUCCAAGUUGGUGAUCUUGUUGUACAGAAUCAGAUUUUCAUUGAGGCAACAAGAGAGCCCGGUGCGACGUUUUUGGCUGGGAAGUUUGAUGGUAUCCUUGGUCUUGGAUUCAAGAAUAUAUCUGUUGGCAAUGCUGUCCCAGUGUGGGACAACAUGGUAAAUCAACAUCUAGUUAAGGAGAAGGUAUUUUCAUUUUGGCUGAACAAACAAUCAGAGGAGGGUGAAGGUGGUGAACUCGUCUUUGGCGGUGUUGAUCCAAAGCACUACAAGGGUGAGCACACGUAUGUUCCAGUCACACAAAAGGGUUAUUGGCAGUUUGAUAUGGGCGAUGUACUUAUUGGCGGGAAACCAAGUGGGUUUUGUAAGGGCAAAUGUUCAGCCAUUGCAGAUUCAGGAACAUCAUUAAUAGCCGGUCCAUCGAAGGUGAUCAACAAGAUAAAUCGUGCCAUCGGAGCUGCUGUUGCUAGUGGGGAAUUUAUGAAUAGUAUUGGCAUUAAAAGUGUUGUAGAUAGUAGCAAGGAUAUAUCAUCUGGACUUGAAGAAAUUCCAACGUGCAAGGCCUGUGAGAUGAUAGUCAGUCGGACGCAUAAAGAGUUUGCAGAGAAUCAAAUACCAGACAGCUUUUUAGGUUUGGGCAGUGAUAACCCGCUGGAAGAGUCCAUGGUUCCAUGUGAAAAAAUAUCUCAUUUGCCAACCAUCUCAUUCACCAUCGGUGAUAAAGUAUUUGACCUUUUGCCUGACCAGUAUAUAUUUAAGGUUGGCGAGGGACGUGAUGCACAAUGUAUAAGUGGCUUCAUUCCAAUGGACAUACCUCCUCCACGUGGCCCACUCUGGAUCAUGGGGGAUGUGUUUAUGCGCGUUUACCACACAAUAUUUGAUUAUGGAAAUGAAAGAAUUGGAUUUGCUGUAGCUGCAUAAACAAGACCUUUUAACUAAGGCGUAACUAGCUAGUACCGCCGAACAUGCCUACUUUGAUAUUGUCUUGUGAAACAAAGUUGAUGUUUGAUAUCAGCAAUAAUAUUCGCUAGUAAUGCUGUGUUUUGUGUGCUUAGAAGUAUUUUCCCGUAAAUAUACUGUUCUCGAUGGUGUUGGCAAAUGGCAUAGCUAAUAGGUUUGUAUUUCGUUGUUAUAUAUCAAGUGCUACACUUAAAUCUGAAGGGAAAUUUGAUAAA